CACCACCACCACAAGCACCACCACCACAACAACCACAACCACCACCACCACCACCACAACCAGCAGCAUCAGCACCACCGAGGGCAGCUCAAUGGGCAAUGAAAACGGCUCUGUGGUGGAAGACCUCCACGCGGUGGAGAUCCACCUGUGGUACAAGAAGUUCAUGCGCGAGUGCCCCUCGGGUCAGCUGACCCUGCACGAGUUCAAGCAGUUCUUCGGCAUCAGCAGCGUCACGGCGGAGGGCAACGCUUACAUCGAACAGAUGUUCAGGACCUUCGACAUGAACAAGGACGGCUACAUCGACUUCAUGGAGUACGUGGCGGCGCUGAGCCUCGUACUGCGAGGCAAGGUCGAGCAGAAGCUGCGCUGGUACUUCAAGAUGUACGACUCGGAUGGCAACGGGUGCAUCGACAAGGGGGAGCUUCUCAACAUCAUCAAGGCCAUCCGCGGCAUUGACGGCUGCGCUCACGAAACGACGCCCGAGGAGUUCACCUCCAUCGUGUUCGACCGCAUCGACGUGGACAGGGACGGCGAGCUCACGAUAGACGAGUUCCUGGAAGGAGCCAACAAGGACGCCGAGUUCACGGACCUCCUCACCAACAGCCUCGACCUCUCGCACAUCGUGGCCAUGGUGCGCCACGGACGCCGGCACAGCGUGUGAU